ACGAAAAACAAAGAAAAAAAUUCAUUUGUUUGUUCUCUAGUGUAAAGAAAAAGAAAAUAAAUAAAUUUGUUUUUUCAAACAGCUUUCCUCUUCAUUAAAUUACAUCGCUCUUAAUUACAUCUGAAAUAUUUAUUAAUGGGAAAUUGUACUAAUAAGUAGGAUUCUCCCAAAAGUUUAUCUUUAAAUGGUAUGCAUAAUUAAGCCUUUUUUGGGAAAGAAUUUUUAAAAAAUCAAAAUGGAAUAUCAAAAGAGUCUUAACACAAACAAAGUAUUAUUAGUACAACUGAUAACAAUACUAAUUCUAUUGUAACGUCUUCUUCAUUCAUCAAUAUGCAGUAACACGAAGGAGCAAUAAAUGGGAAAAACAUGAUUAAAUCAAUAUAACAAUAUAAUAAUUUAGAAGAAAUCGAAGAGCUAGAAUCUUCAAAUUACUUUUAAAGCGAAAUAAGAACUCUCUAAGAAGAAAAUAUUGGGUUUAGUAAUCGUCUUAUAAGCACUAUUAAUAUACCUUCACCUGAAAAAAAAUAUCACGAUUAACAUAUCUUAAAAUAAAACUUUGCACACAAUAACAGUCCAUAAUAAGAUACUAAGAGUGCUGGUGUAUAUAACAGUAGUUAAUUGUAAAGUAAUAAUACUAGCUUUACUUAAGAAAACUCUCCUACUAGGACAAAUAGAAGCAAUUUGUCUCCUAGAUCAAGAGAAAAGAAAAAAACAACUUCAGAAAUAAGAAAUAUUAUUAAAAUGCAAACUGAAUCUUACUAUCAAAGCUUGACAUCUGAGGAAUUAAAUAGUAUUUUACAGCAAGGCGAGAAAAUGAACAGAGUUUUGCAACACUUUGAAUUUUCAAAUAAUGAUUAAGUCUUAGAUUUAGUAAGAGAUAUUUACAACUCAAUUAUUAACAAAAAAAAUAAAUUAUCGGAAAUAGUUUUACCUGAGCAUCGUGAAAUGGUAAUGUAAUUCAUUCAUCAAUCAUACUUACUUCUAGAUAGAGGAAUUUAAUAGUUAUUGAAAACAUAGAAGAGACUUAUUAAUAUCACAAGCAGUAAUACAGGAGUUCCAGUUAGAUAAUCUAAUAUGGAACUCUCUGUUUAUACUCUCGAAGUGCUAGUAGAAGCAUACUAAAUUAUCCAAUAUUUUUAAUUACAUUAGAAAAGCCAUUCGUACAUUCCUAUGAAUAAAUGGUGGGCAAAGCAUUAGAAUGAGAAAGACCUUUCUAGUUUUAACAAUAAAUUUAUAAGGCUAAGCUAGUAACUUAAUGCAGAGUUUCAAGAUAUUACUCCUGGUCUUCCAAAUAAAAACAAAAAUAUUACAUAUAGUAAGUAGAAUUCGCAAAUGUCUUCAAAUCUUUCUGAAGAUGGAGACCAAAGCAGCAGAGUCGCUAGAGAAGAUGAAACAAAGCGAGAUUCUCUGUGCAAAUCAAAUAAUGGUAUUCUUAAUGAAAACUCUUAAAAUUUAAAAAAAAAGAAUGAAGAGGGCAAGGAAGAAUAAAUCAAAAUAUCUUCUUUUGAUAAAAAAAAUCCUACAAAUUAUCUGCCACUGAAAUAAAAUCCAAUAAUGUGUGAUAUUUCUAAUGAGAGAAUAGAAGAACAUUUAGAAAAUGAAGACGAAGAGGAAGAAAAGCAUCAAAACACAACAAGUUUUUACAAUACUUAAAAUGAGUAAGAAAAUGUCGAAUCACUGAACGAAUCUGACUUCCCUUGCAAAACGAAGAUCAAUCAUUAAAUUAAAUCGAUCAAAAACAACAACAAAAACUAUUUAAUUUAGAUGAAUAAAAAAUUAAAUUGA